AUGGAUGCCCCGAGGAGACAUGACCACAAGAAGCUGAAGAAGCGGCGCUCCAGCCUUUUUGCCAACCUCAAGUUUGCUGGAAGCUUCUCCCAGAGCAUGGAGGUGGAGUCCAGCGCCUUCCCCUUCGCGCAGGACAGCUCCAUCAAGGCCUGGACCUCCAUGGACCACCUGGACAGUCCCACGCUCAUAAUGGAGGAGCCCGAGGGAGGAGCACCCGGGGGGGCCAGGAAACCACCCAAGAGGCAGUCCACGACCAUCAACUUAAAUGUGGGGGGCAAGGUGUUCCGCAUCCCCACGCACACGGCGGUGCGACACCCACACACCCGUAUUGGGAAGCUGGCUCUGUGCACUGACCCUGUGCGGCGCCAACAGCUGUGUGAUGACUACUCUGUGCACACCAAUGAGUUCUUCUUUGAUCGGGACCCCACAUUCUUCCAUUACAUUGCUCACUUCUACCGCUCCAAAGUCCUGUGGGUGAUGGACAGCUUGUGUCCUGUAAACUUCGAGGAGGAGAUGGCCUUCUGGGGCCUGCGCAUGCGUGACACGCAGCGCUGCUGCCGGAUCCUGUUUGAGGAGAAGGUGGACGAGCUGCGGGACCAGCUGAAGGUCGAACGCGAGCUGGUGGCUGAGAUUGAACCCGAGCACGAUGAGGAGGGCUUCAAGACCAUGUUCCUGGGCGGGCCUCGCAAGGUGGUGUGGGAUCUGAUCGAGAACCCAUACUCCUCGCUCGCAGCCAAAGCCUUCGCUGUCUUCUCCAGCAUCUUUGUAAUCAUCUCCAUCGCGGCCAUGACUCUGAACACCGUCUCUGAGCUUCGGGUCCACUCCAUCUUUGGGAAGACCUACAUGGAGUGUGUGGAGAUUGUCUCCAUCCUCUUCUUCACCCUGGAGUACUUCCUGCGCUUGAUCACCACCUGCAACAUCACAAACUUCCUGAAGAGCACUCUGAACUUUGUGGAUCUGGUGGCUGUCAUGCCGUACUUCAUCCAGUUGGUUUUUGAGGUAAUGUCUGACCAAGAGGACCUGAAUGCACAGGAGGACCUGAGAGGGGCCAUGUCCCGCGUGAGCAAGGUCAGCAAAGUGCUGAAGGUAGUGAAGCUCAUGCGCAUAUUCCGCAUCCUGAAGCUGGCGCGGCACUCCACCGGCAUGCGUGCCUUUGGCUUCACCUUACGGCAGUGCUGUGAGCAGGUCUGCUGCCUCUUCCUCUUCAUCACCAUGGGGAUCUUCACCUUCUCUGCCCUCAUGCACUCUGUGGAGAACAAGGAGGGGACCCCCUUCGGCAGCAUCCCUGAAACCUGGUGGUGGGCUGCGGUGAGCAUCUCCACAGUAGGCUACGGUGACGUGGUUCCCUACACGGUGCUGGGCCGCAUCGUGGCUUUCUGCUGCAUCUCGUUCGGCAUCAUCCUCAAUGGCAUGCCCAUCUCCAUCCUCUUCAACAAGUUCUCUGAUUACUACGCCAAGCUGAAGGCCCAGGAGCACACCUACAUCAGCAAGCAGCACCGGCUGGAGCUCAAAACCCGUCUGCAGAGGCAGCUACAGCAGUGCCUAGCACCACACGCCCAGGAGGAGGAGCACUGCAGAAACCACAACCAGAACUGGAACCAGAAUCAGGACCAGAACUGGAACCAGAACUAG